AUGUGGCUGGGCACUUUCAACACAGCAGAAGGAGCGGCGAGAACCUAUGAUUGUGCAGCUUUCGGGAUGAGAGGGUUCAUUGGCCAUUGUGAACUUCCUAGAAGCAGCAUCAGAAUCGCUGUUCCUCGUCGUCUUCAAUGGUGGAAACCCAGGGAUAGAAGACGAUUUCUGAGCUCUUCGGACCUUCCGCUUCCGGUUGCUGUCAAUCCUUCCACCGUUGCCUCCUUCAGAUCUGUGAAAUCUCAGGAUUCGUCCUUGGCUGCCGUUGCUCGUCCUUGUUUAAAGCACUGUUCGAGCAUCUAUCCGAUGGAUGAUUGA